AUGUGGGCCCUCGUUUCUUUAUUGUCUCUCCUCGCUCUCUACGCUCGUGGAAUCGUCAUUCCAUCCCUUCAGUCUCAUGAUGUAUCGGUGCCGCCAGAUUCUAUAAACCCUUACCCAGGAAAGCCUCGACUAUUGUUCAAGAAGGAUGGUACCUUCAAAAUUACUGUGUUCUCUGAUCUCCACUUUGGAGAGAACCCAUGGGACGACUGGGGACCGGAACAGGACGUCAACAGUACCAUUCUGAUGAACGCCGUGCUGGCAGAUGAAAAGCCCGACUAUGUUGUACUCAAUGGGGAUUUAAUUACAGGAGAGAACACCUUUCGAGAAAACUCUACGUCCCUCAUUGAUGAGAUCAUGAAGCCUCUAAACGCUGCCAAGAUACCAUUUUCUUCCACUCAUGGAAACCACGACAAUCAAGCAAACAUUACUCAUGAGGAAGAGAUUCAACGCGAGUUGAAGGUUGCACCUCUCAGUUAUACGCGCAUGGCACCCAAAGGAGUCGGUGGAACCGAAGGGCCAGGCAACUAUUGGGUUCCUAUAUAUCGUGAUGCGAAAGAUCUUGCACCCAUACUUGUACUUUGGUUCUUCGACUCUCGAGGCGGAUUCUCUCCAAACCCUGACUCUGUUCCCGUACCUGAUUGGGUCGACGAAUCUGUUGCUGGAUGGAUAGAAUCCGAAUCACAGGCAAUGGAAAAGGCUUGGGGCCCUGCUGAGCUGCGAGGAGCUCUUGCAUUUGUUCACAUUCCACCGCACGCUAUCCAAGUCUUACAAACCAACCUGGACUCGGAUAAAAAUCCAGGCCUGAACGAUGAUAUACUUGGCGACGGGUCCGUCCAGGAUUCAAGUGCACAAGGUGAAGACAUUCCCUUCUGGGACGCGCUCAACUCAAACGUGAAGAAUUUGCACGCCAUCAUUUCUGGUCACGAUCAUGGCAACGAAUGGUGUGCGCGGGAGUUUACAAAAGAUGUUAUCUUCUGUUUCGACAAGCACUCUGGGUAUGGCGGAUACAGUAGUGCAGGAUGGGGCCAUGGUGUUCGUAACCUCGUUUUUCACACUCCCGAUCCCAAGGCAGGCGUGGAGACAUGGAUCAGAUUGCAAGAGGGUGAUACAAGGGCAAGAAUCACGCUUGACGACAACUACGGCAGAUAA